AUGGCUGUGGACAUCAGCAACCGACCUCCAAUCUUUCAAUUACUCAGGAUGUCGCAAGACUUGGGACAAUCAUACUUGAAUAAUGGGCUCAACUUUACGCCGACGAUCCACCACGACACUUAUCCGUAUAUCGAUCCUGCAAGAUCAGAUCUGAGUGGAAAAUAUGUCUUCAUCACCGGUGCCUCAAAGGGUGUCGGUAAAGUGAUAGCACUCAGCUAUGCCAAGGCCGGUGCGGCAGGAAUCGCCCUAGGCGCACGCUCUCCUCUGGGACCAGUUGUGGACGAAAUCAUCGAAGCAGCCAGAUCGGCGGGUAGGGAAGAGCCACGUGUCGUUACCCUUCGACUAGAUGUGACAGAUCGCGCGAGUGUGGAGUCUGCGGCAAGAGACGUCUCUGAAAUCUUCGAUGGUCGUUUGGAUGUCCUCAUCAACAACGCAGGAUACCUCUCGCCAUUUGCAGGUAUACCAGAUACGGACCCAGACGAUUGGUGGCGCGACUGGGAAGUCAAUGUCAAGGGUGUCUACCUGGUUACUCGCUCCUUCUGGCCUUUACUGCUGAAGUCUACUCUGAGGAUUAUUAUCAACGUCACUUCAAUGGGCGCACUCAUGACGCCAGCCCAUGGGACCGCAUACGGCGGUGCAAAACUGGCUGGAAUGCAUUUCACAGAGCAUGUCAACAAGGACCAUGGGGCUGGAAAGGACAGCAUGCUUGUCAUUGCUGUACAUCCGGGGGCGGUCAAGACUGAGCUUGCUCUAGGGCUUCCAGAAGACUAUCAUGAGAUUCUCAACGACGAACCGGCACUCGCUGGCGAUACUAUGGUAUGGCUGACGAGGGGGCGAAGAGAAUGGCUAGGUGGAAGGUACAUCAGCGCAAACUGGGACAUGGAACAGCUGAGUGGAAAGAGAGAAGAAAUUGAAAAAGGCGAGCUACUCAAACUCCGAUUAGCAGUCAAUACCUUUCCAACACCUUGA